CUGUGUGUAGUCAGGGGACAGAGCCAGCCGCGCGCCAACUCUACAGCCCCGUCACACAGCACAAAGAACCUCCUUUAUUUCAAUCCACGCACUACAUUUACCGGAGCCUCCUCACACACACGCACACAGCACCUCCUUUAUUUCAAUCCACGCACUACAUUUACCGGAGCCUCCUCACACACACGCACACAGCACCUCCUUUAUUUCAAUCCACGCACUACAUUUACCGGAGCCUCCUAAAACACACACGCACACAGCAACUCCUUUUCUCUCUCUCUCUCUCUCUGGUCCCCGGUCAGAACGGACGGUUCGGUAAGGAUCAUGUCUUCUAAUGGCUGUUGUACCGGCGGCGGUGACGUGCUGCAGAUCCAACUCGGGCUGAUUAACGCGGGGAAUAAAUAUCUAACGGCUGAAACGUUCGGUUUUAAAAUCAACGCCUCCGCACCGAGUCUGAAGAAGAAACAGAUGUGGACGUUGGAGCAGAACACCGGUGACACGGCGGGAGACUCGAGCGGCAGCGUGGUGUUCCUCCGGUCGCACCUCGGACGGUAUCUGGGUACGGAUAAAGACGGGAACGUUACCGGGGAGAGCGAGUGUCGAGGUAAAGACUGCAGGUUCGUGUUAACGGCGCAUGAUGACGGCCGCUGGUCGUUGCUCUCUGAGCCCUUCGGGAGGUACCUGGGAGGCAGCGAAGACCGGAUCAGCUGCUUCGCUCAGACAGUAUCAGCAGCAGAGAAGUGGUGUGUCCACUUGGCCAUGCAUCCCCAGGUGAACCUGUUCAGCCCGGCCAGGAAGCGUUAUGCCCACCUGACCUCUAACCCUGACCACUCUGAGGUCUCUAUAGACCGUGACUUCCCGUGGGGGGUGGACUCCCUGAUCACCCUGGUGUUCAGAGACCAACGCUACCACCUGCAGACGUCUGAUAACCGCUUCCUGAAGAACGACGGCAGCCUGGAGGCCGCGCCGGACAAGACCACCGGAUACACGUUGGAGUUCCGCUCCGGCAAGGUGGCGUUCAGGGAUUGUUCCGGGCGCUACCUGGCGCCGUCGGGGCCGAGUGGGACCAUGAAGAGCGGGAAGAACAGCCGCUUGGGGAAGGACGAGAUGUUCUCUCUGGAGCAGAGUCACCCUCAGGUGGUUCUCACCGCCGGCAACGAGAGGAACGUCUCCACCAGGCAAGGCAUGGACCUUUCGGCCAAUCAGGACGAGGAGGGUGACCAGGAAGUGUUCCAGGUGGAGAUGAGUCGUGAGACAGGAAACAGGAAGUGUGCGUUCCGCACUGCUGCAGGGAAGUACUGGACCCUCACCUCCACCGGAGGACUGCAGUGUACCGCCUCCACUAAGUCAUCUAACAGUCAUUUUGAUCUGGAGUGGUGUGAGGGGAAGGUUUCUCUCAAAGCCUCUAAUGGGAAAUACGUUGCCGCCAAGAGGAACGGACAGCUAGCUGCUACCGUCGACAACGCAGGGGAGGCGGAGCAGUUCCUGAUGAAGCUGAUCAAUCGGCCAAUCAUAGUCCUCCGUGGAGAACACGGUUUCAUUGGCUGUCGUAAGGUUGGCACGGGAACGCUGGAUUCUAACCGCUCCUCCUACGACGUCUUCCAGCUGGAGUUUAAAGAUGGAGCCUACAGCCUCCGAGGUAUACAGACACACCUACACAGGGUCCGACGGAGCCUACAGCCUCCGAGGUACAGACACACCUACACAGGGUCCGAUGGAGCCUACAGCCUCCGGGGUAUACAGACACACCUACACAGGGUCCGACGGAGCCUAUAGCCUCCGGGGUAUACAGACACACCUACACAGGGUCCGACGGAGCCUACAGACACACCUACACAGGGUACGACGGAGCCUACAGCCUCCGAGGUACAGACACACCUACACAGGGUCCGACGGAGCCUACAGCCUCCGAGAUACACAGAC